AUGUUCGGCCCACUUCGCUUUGCAUUGAUAAUAUUGGCUUGGAUUAUCUCUUACAGAAUUUCAAAUAUAAUCGACAAAGUUGAAUGUGUAGUUGAUUCUGAACUCCAAACACCAACAGAAUCUGUUGAACCUCUGAAAUCAGAUUCCUCUGCUACUGGCAGUAAUCAAACUGAAAGGAUAAUCACAUUGGCGGAACUGGCAAAACAUAACACAGAACAUGAUUGCUGGAUUGGAGUAGAAGGUACAGUAUAUGAUGUCUCUGGCUAUGCUGAGAACCACCCUGGAGGCAAAGAUGAGAUAUUAAGCAAAGCUGGGACUAAUGUAAAAGACUUCUAUGGCCUCCUUCACAGUGGAGAUGAAUUCGAUGAAGAGCUUGGCAAGCUUACAAAAGUUGGUGUUUUGGAAGUGAUCGCAAAUUAA